AUGGCCGGUGAGCUGACUCCUGAGCAGGAAGCCGAGUACAAAAAGGCCUUCUCCACGGUCGACAAGGAUGGAAACGGCACCAUCAAUGCCCAGGAGCUGGACGCGGCGCUGAAGGCCCUGGGCAAGAACCUCUCGGAGGCCCAGCUAAAGAAACUCAUUUCCCAGUUGGACAGCGACGGCGACGGCGAAAUCAGCUUCCAGGAGUUCCUGGCGGCGGUGAAGAAGGCCAGGGCCGGCCUGGAGGACCUGCAGGUCGCCUUCCGCGCCUUCGACCAGGACGGCGACGGCCACAUCACCGUGGACGAGCUCAAGCAGGCCAUGGCGGGGCUGGGGCAGCCGCUGCCGCAGGAGGAGCUGGACGCCAUGAUCCGCGAGGCCGACGUGGACCAGGACGGGCGGGUGAACUACGAGGAGUUCGCGAGGAUGCUCGCCCAGGAGUGA